AGUUCGCAUGCAAGACCAAGAAGUGACCCCCGACAAAAUAAGAUCUUGCAUAAUAUGCUGGCGACUGCAGCGCUUUCUCCAGUGACUACAGAGCAGCAAAGGGCAGAAGGCCUUGCAAGUUGCAGUCGAUUCCCUCACUUCAGACAACUGCAUGGUGCGCUUUGUUUGUUUCUUGCUGUGACUCCCUUGAAGUGGAGCACUAGUAGUAGUUGGCUGUCUUCUGUGCCAGACCCCCGGAGAACUGAAGAGUGAAGAAAAAGCCGUGUGCAAACUCUAGAUGAAAAGGCGGACUGUAUCACUGAGGCACGCGUGUUGGCGUGUGUGUGCGCGAGAGUGACCGGUAUUUUCUUAGCAGCAAACUGGGCCAGUUUCAAGUACACAAAAAUCCUGGAGCGCCGUUUUUCAGAUUGACAAGUACCGGGCCAAAUAUUACCUCUCAUCAAUCAACGUCGUUUCGAGAGGCAACUGUGCAGGAUUCCUGCUGCUUUGCAGUCUCGUUCGAUUUGGAAUCAGCUUGGGAGACGCCAGCACGUGCACGCGUCGCCGGCCCCAGAACUACUUGUAAUUCCUCCUUUGCUUGGCAGGACACGGAGUAAGAACACGACUCCUUGUAGUUCAGUACUUGGCGAACGCGCCCUGACAGAACGAUGGCCUCAGAGAGAGUGUGUAAGGAUCUACUUCCAGCGAUGGACUCCGUAAUGCCAAGCGCCAGCUGCCUGACGAGCUUCGCGAAGAAGAAAGUUGCUAUGGAGAUGCAUCGGAAGUUCCUCGCCCACCAGCAGCCCCACUCUGGCGGCAGCAAUAACAGCAAACACGGUGGGGAUGGUACCGGGCAGGAGCACAAUGGUGUUGGCGGUGGUGGUGGUGGUGUGACGCUGCGUGCCAGAGUGCCCGGCAACAUAACGCACCGGCGGCGCGUGCAGGACAGCCGCACCAGCUGCUCGUUUGAGCGGCAGCCGGCACGCUGCUGCGUGAUCGUCGUCCAGGACUUCAAGGCGAGAACCGACGAUGAGGUCACGGUCAAGAGGGACGAGCAAGUGAAGCUGCUCUUCAUUGAAGGAGAGUGGGCGUACAUAUGCCGUAAGCUGGUGCAGAAGGUCAAGCGUCGCCUGUCCAAGCUCAGCAGCACCGGCGGUGGCAGUGACGCCGACGUGCAGUUCGGCUACAUCCCGCAGUCGCACUGCCGCCCGCUCACCCCCAAGGAGACGGAGCAGAAAAGAUCGCGCCACCGCCGCGCCACCUCGCUGGGCAGUGGGCAGUAUCGCAUGUGGCAGCAGCUCAAUGUGCCCGGCUUUGAGGCCACGGACACUGUCCACGACGACGAUGAGGACGAAAACGACCGUCCGAAUGCCGCGCGAUCCGGGCUUUCGCCCACUCCCAGUGCUUUCGCCAAUCCAUACCUGCAGUUAGAGCUUGUUCCGUCAGAUGAGGAAUUUGACGCCGAGUGCGCUAGCGAAGAUGACCAAGCAGUGGAGGAGUGGCGAUAUUCGUUCCGUACGCAGGAAACUACCUCGAGUGUUGUGAGACCCAAUGGCAACGGCGCUUCCCAUCAGAGGCAGCGCAGCACGGACUCGUCUUCGUCCUCGUCGUGCCACUCGGAGAACUGCACCGCCAUGGCCCACAUGAUCACCUUUCCGGGCAUGAUGCCGUCGCCGUGUCACCGUGCCAACGAUGACGAUCACGUUCCCAUGGCGAUGCCGGCAUCCAAGAUGGCGACCGGCGACGAUGACACGUGGAGCCAGUGUCCGUCGGAGAUGAGCGCGCAGCAAUACCCAUCCCAGCAUACUCUCGUGUCGCACAUGCGCGGCAGAACGCCGGAUGUCUCAGACACGCAGACGACUGGCUUUCCAUAUCCUGCGGUGGCCCAGUUUGACUUCAAUGGUGACGGUACACCAGAACAGCCCGACAGUGAUGGUGAUGGCACGCUGCAUUCGAUGACCAUUGAGAUGCACCUGUGUGUGCGCAAGGGCGACCUGAUGACCGUACACGACUAUGCCGACGACGCACAAGACUGGGUGGUGGCCAGUCUGGGUACAGGGCGCUGCGGAACUCUUCCGUCGUGCUUCGCGAGACAAUGCGACCCCUUUCCAGGCUACCCUUUCAGACCGGCCUCCAUGGUGGCGAACGAAUCAGAUGACGCAGUGGUGUCGUCGACGGCGACCGUGACGGAGCAACGAACGCGUCCUGGCACGGAAAUGAGGCGGCUCAACAGUCGGCGGCGUUUCUACUGCGACACCGCUUCGCUGACGUCCGACGGAUCGUCUGCCUGCAACCCGCCUCACUUUGGCAGGGAAGCGCCCGACGGCCAGAGUAUUGAUCUCCAGCGCAUGUACAGCGUGACGUCGUCCGGUGCGUCCAGUAUCUACAGUGGUAAUCACACGUCCACUCUGCCCAACAAGCGACGUCAGGCUGCGGUGGCAGCGGCCGCUGCGAGGUCUUCGCUGAAUCGUCGCAACUCGGUCAGCUCAACGUGCCUGAACGACAAAAGUCAGGCACCUGCACCGCAAGUAGCUGCGUCAAGCCAUGCAGUGGCGUCGGCUCAACACGGCGAUCGCGGCGACCCGUCCCUCAGUCUGCUGCGCGUCGACUCAUCAGAUAUCCCCGUUAUGUCCCCGAACGACCCGUCCAUUCCGAAUGUCAUAUCCCUUCUGGGAGGUCCGCGUCGGGGAAAAUCGCCGCCAAAAGCUCUCUCACGCAACACUGCUACCGCCACCGCUCCUGCUGUUGCGGCUGAUGCGCACUAUCAAGGCAGCGAGCGGAGCUUUUCGACCGUCAACCUGACUACUGCUGCUCAUGGAAGUGAGCGGUCUGACAGUAGUGUUCAUGCUCUGUCCAGAGGAGUGAGCGAGGUGAACAUCCGCUCGCACGCUAAUGCCAACAAUCAUCGUCGUAGACCGUCAGAGCAGGCAAGUGCACCGCCGCAAGGCACGCCGCAAAGGAUCAACAAUCCAACGGGUACAGCCGGAGCCUACAAUGCAACGCCACCGUGCUAUGACCGCUCCCACAGUGUGCCAACAGCCGGUCGUUCAGGCGCCGCACAGGACCUGUACGUGCGACAAACGUCCACGCCCGUCAGCGCACCAUCACCAAAGCCAGCAACCGAGCGGGCGUCCCGGUUCGUGCACUCAACGAAUCAGACGCGCCGUCAGCGAGCUCCGCUCCCGUCGCCGACCCGAUCACGCACUGGAAAGGAGCCGCCGCCGUUCAUGGGGUCCGUACUGGACUGCGCAGUGCCAGGGGCUGGUCAUGUGGAUACAGCACAUGCUACAACGCUGCAUGCACCUGCCAAUAACACCGUUGCUAAUGGGAGACGACCAGGUCGAGUGCAUUCCCAGGACAGCGCCAUAGGUGGCUGUUCGUCAGACGACAGCGAGAAAAUCGCUCAAGACACUGCCGAUAGCGCCAGCAGCAACAGUGGCAGUCCGUUCAAGCUGAACACGCAGCUGUGCGUGCGCAAGGACUUCCGCGCCAAGGGCAACAGCCAGCUGACGGUUCACAGCGGCGAGGUGGUGGUGGUGGCAGACGAACGGGAUCACAAGGACUGGCUGUGGGUGUUUGCGCCCAUGCAGCGUGCCUUUGGCUUUGUGCCCGCAGUGUACACACGGGCAAAGUAAACAGCCAAAAGCAACUACUUGCUGCUGUGGAUUGUUGCUGGUGAACUGUUCGUGUUGGUGUUUUUCGAACAGUGUGUGUACACACGAGCGAAACACGAGCAAAGUGAAUGAUGAGUAACUAAUUGCUAUUGUGGAGUGUUCCUGGUGAACUGUUCGCGCUGCUGUUGUUUAAGCAUCAUGUGAUCUUGUCUGCUCAAAGUAAUAACCUACUUGAAGUACUGCUAAAGUGAUUAACUCCCGACAUUCGAGGGAGUAUUUUUCACGCGACACGAAUCAACGCUUUCCGCAUCCUCUGUGCAGUUCUUAUCAUGAUCCAAGUUGGAGAAGAGUUAGUAAUACUGAUAGUAUCCUCAGGACUUCUAUGCAUCAGGAUUAUCUCCAUCUCAGAGGCCGCAGCCAGGUGUAGUUGCCUUUCCAAAGUCUAGCAGCAUGAUUUAUUCGACUUCAUUGAUAGACACAAUCUCCGGCUUCUUGCCGCCUGUGAUUUUUGUAAAUCAAUUUUUUUUACCAAAUAGUGGUUGCGACUUUGGCGAUGUCAAGCCAAGUCAGCGGAAUAGCACAAGCUCUGGUGUGGGAAACGAACACAUUUUUUGUGAAUAAUCGUGUGAUUUCUUAGCUACCCUGCUGCUACAAUUAUGCAUGACAUGCUGCCGUUUUACUUGUAAAGUCGGAUCCUACCCGGGGCACCAGAUCAUGGAUUCCUCUCGUAUCUGACCCGGGUACUUCGAACAUUCCUUUCCAUUUCUGCGCGAGUGACCAUGAUGGCCGUUCAUGAUUCCAUUGCAUUUUGAUUGCAGAUUAAUUUUGCAGGUUACCCAGUUGAGUUAACAAUUAUAAACGUUGUUCAACAUUGUCGUAUGCGGACUAGCUGUCUAGCACCCAUGCAUGUUCCAUGCCAUGCAAGAAUCUGGUCACAUGA